UACUAAUUGGCCUUAUGAAUAGUAGCAAAAAAAAAAACGGAAAUCAUGGAGUCGAAGUGCCAUCUUCGGUCGCUUCUCAAGUAUUCAAUGGCGUUCAUCCUAGCGGCAUGGGCCUUUGUUUGGAUUCUGAAGCCGACCCAGUUGUGGAAGAGAUCAUGGCAUGCAGCUGAGGAUUGGGCUAGGCCAACUUUCCUCGGAGAAAUUGGUCUCAAUGUUGUUGUCUUCUGCUUUCCGGUUCUAGCAGCAGCUGCACUUGCUUAUGCCUACCUUUCUAUCAGUUCAAGUGAAGAAAGGUUAAGAGUGAAAAGAGCUCACUUGAUGACAAACUUCUUUCAACCAGUCAUCACAAGUAGUAAUUUUGGUAUAUUGUCGCUUGGCGAGCUAUUUUCUAUGGUUUUCUUUAUUAUUUUCCUAGUGUGGACAUAUUACUCCAAUGUUUCUAGUGACUAUAAGAAGAUGACACCUUCAAAGAUAUUGAAACUAAACAGGAAGCAGAUUAAGUUGUUGUCUUUAGGUGUUAAAUUUGGUUCAUUGAGUGAAGCCUGCCUUGCACUGCUGCUGCUACCAAUUUUGAGGAGAAUGGCAUUGCUCAAGAUAAUGGGAAUUCAGUUUGAAGCUUCUGUUAGGUACCACAUGUGGAUUGCUAAUGGCAUGAUGCUUUUUUCUCUCUUGCAUGGGGCUAUCAUAAUGGCCGUAUGGAGUGAAAAAAGAUGACUUUUAGAAGAGAUAACUCAAUGGCAAAGAGUUGGUCGUGUAUAUCUUGCAGGAGCAAUUGCUCUAGUUAUAGAACUAAUCGUAUGGAUAACAGCAUUACCUCCAAUCAGAAGGAAGUACUUUGAGUUUUUCUAUUCGGUUCACCAUUUGUACGCGGCGUUCAUCUUAUUCUUCUUGCUUCAUGCUGGAGACCACCAUUUUUACCUCGUUUUCUCAGGAGUCCUCCUCUUCUCUCUGGACAAGAUCCUACGAAUUAUACAGUCAAGAAGAGUUAUCAGUUUUAUUUCUGCAUGUAUUCUACCAUGCAGAGCAGUAGAGCUCGCUCUAAAAACACCCCCCAGCUUGAGAUAUACACCGUCUAGCAUUCUGUUUCUGAAGAUACCAAGCAUAUCGAAGUUUCAGUGGCAUCCUUUCAGUAUAAUUUCAAGUUGUAAUAUGGACAAUGAAAGGCUUUCAAUCUUGGUGAAAUGCAAAGGAGAGUGGACCAAUUCACUCUAUGAAAUGGUAGAAUCUAUUGCAAACAAGGGUUCAAAUGAUGCAAGGAAUCUUUUUGUUUCUGUGGAAGGGCCAUAUGGACCUAUAGAUUUCCAAUACAAAAGGUAUGAUAGGUUAAUUUUAGUUGCAGGAGGUUCUGGCAUAGCUCCAUUCAUAAGUAUCCUGAAAGAUGCGGCUUCAACGAAUUUCAACCUGAAUCGCUGUGCUGUUUCAGUAAAUCUCAUAUAUGUAGUAAGGAAAUCACUGGAUAUCAGCAUGUUGACUCCAAUUUCGACAGUAAUACUGCACCAGCCUUUCGAGCUAGCACAUACUAUACAUUUAAAAUUGAAGAUCUAUGUAACACAAGAGCAGAGAUCCAGCUUAUCAGCUAGAGAACUCAUACAUGAAAUGACUCAGACAAAGCCUUUUAUUCUGGAACCAAUAUCCUCAAGAGAUGUUAUGCCAUCACCUGAAGGAUUACUAUGGAGUGUUGCAAUCACCGGAUUAGCUUUCAUUGUUUUUCUUGUUUCCAUUUUAUGUCUGACCCGAGCUUUUACCCAUGAAACAAAGAAAACCACUACAGAUAAAACCCCGUCGUGGGUUUAUAAUUUACUUGUUAUAUGUUCUUUUGUUAUUUACACCACAAGCAUAACCGUUGCCACAGUUGUUUCAAGAUGCAGAAGAUCAACAGAUAACUCAAUUACUGUCUCAAGAAAUAAUUACAGAAGCAUUGUGGAGGCAGCCAGCACUUCGAUAGCACAAGGAAUUCAGCAAGAUUAUGAGAUAAACUAUGGAGGUCGGCCAAAUCUAAUAGAUAUACUUUCAGAAGAGGCUACUGAGAUAGAAGAAAACAAGGUUGGGGUAUUUGUAUGUGGACCAGAUUCGAUGCAGGAGUCAGUGGCUUCUUUCUGCAGAAAGUACUCGAGGGACACGAAGAUCAGAAAGAAUAGAAGGAAGAAGUGCUCAUUUGUCUAUCACCCGAUAAACUUCACUCUGUAAUGUCAGCUUGAUUUGGUUGACUUAAUCUGCGAAUGGAUAGUUCUGCUUAAACUAGAGAAUCUAUAGAUCUUGAAUGUUCAGUAAGUGUUAUCAUUGGGAAACUUAGCAUUAACUUUAAUGUUUUAAUAGUGUAUA